AAGCAGAGCAAGAACCAAGAAGGUAGACUGUCCGGGGCUAAUGUACGGAAUCUCUCUCUCUCUCUUCCUCUGACACGCUUCACGGUGUCCUCUGUAUCUUUCUUUGGUUUGAACUUCGAACUUAAAGCAAGAGGUCAAAUGGUGGGUGGAGCUUUUCUCUCUGCUUCCCUUCAGGUGUUGUUUGACAGGAUGGCUUCGCUACAAGUCAUUGACUUCAUCAGGGGAAAGAGACUCAAUGAGGGUUUGUUCAAGAAGUUGAAGAUCAAGCUGUUAUCAGCUCAUUUCGUGCUGAAUGAUGCUGAGCAGAAGCAGAUAUGGAAUUCAGCUGUGAGGGAGUGGCUUGAUGAACUCCAUGAAGCGAUCUAUGAUGCAGAGGACUUGGUAGAUAAGAUCAACACUGAAGCUUUAAGAUGCAAGAUGGAAGCUGAAUAUGGAAGCAGCUCAACCCAUCAGGUAUUGAACCUCUUCCCUACCAGAACUAGUACUUCCUUUAAUGAACAUGUAGAAUAUAAAAUGAUGGAGAUACUUGAUAGAUUGGAAUUUAUAUUGGAUCAAAAAGAUUCCCUUGGUUUGAAAGGUGAUGUUCAAACCAAACCUUCAAGAAGAUUACCUACAACUUCUUCAGUUGAAGAAUCUGGUGUUUAUGGAAGGAAUAAUGAUAAAGAAGCCAUUAUUGAGUUGUUGCUAACAGAUAAUGGUAGCGGCAAUGAUAACAUGUCUGUGAUUCCCAUAGUUGGCAUGGGCGGGAUUGGGAAGACCACCCUUGCUCAACUCGUUUAUAAUGAUGAGAGGGUGAAGAAAUGCUUUGAACUCAAAGCAUGGGUUUUUGUAUCAGAAGAAUUUGAUGUCUUCAAAAUAACAAAAACGAUUAAAGAGAGAGUGACUUCCAUAAUAUUUAAAGGCCAAGACUUGGAUCUUCUGCAAGUUCAAUUGGAGAAGGCUCUGAGAGGUAAAAAGUUUCUGCUUGUUCUCGAUGAUAUUUGGAAUGAGGAUUACUUUAUGUGGGAAGUGGUCAAGAAGCCUUUUGAAUGUGGAGCAUAUGGAAGCAAAAUUAUUGUAACAACACGCAAUGAAAGUGUUGCCUCGGUGAUGUGUAAUAAUGUUCAAUCUUAUCAACUUGCAACAAUCUCCGAUGAGAACUGCUGGAAAUUAUUUGUAAAGCACGCCUUCAACAAUGUACAUCCAUAUGUCCAUCCAAAAUUAGAAGAAAUUGGUCGACAGAUUGUUAUUAAAUGUAAAGGUCUACCUCUAGCGGUAAAAUCACUUGGUAGUCUCUUACGUAAUCAACUAAAUCCAGAUGAAUGGGAAAAGAUACUACAAAGUGACAUGUGGGAGUUACCCAAAGAGAAAAACAGCAUUCUUCCAGCUCUAUGGUUGAGCUAUCAUUAUCUACCUUCACAUCUCAAACGAUGUUUUGCUUACUGCUCAGUGUUCCCAAAAAAUCAUGAAAUUGACAAAGAAGAUUUAAUCAAGUUGUGGAUGGCAGAAGACCUACUUAAAGCCCAAAAAGAUAAGAGGAUAGAAGAAGUUGGGGAAGAGUCUAUUAAGGACCUAGUGUCAAGAUCAUUAUUUCGACAAGUGCUUAGAGAACCUUGGUAUGAAAAAUCUCCAAUUUGCUACACCAUGCAUGAUCUUGUACACGAUUUAGCUACAUUUGUAGCUGGAGAAUUUUGCUUAAGCUUGGAUGUUAAUAACUCAAAUAAGUUUCUAAACAAAGUUUGUCAUCUGUCACAAGAGAAUGAGAAAGAACAUAAAUAUGACUUUAAGAGAUAUGAAUAUUUGUUUAGAGCUAAGUGUCUUCGCACCUUCUUCUUUCCAUUGCAAUGUUAUGGGGGGAUACAAUUGCAGUUGCAAAACUUAGUGGCAAUAAAGUUGUUACCAACAUUAACAUGCCUAAGAGUGUUAUCUUUGAAUGGAAGUUCCAUCACAGAGUUGCCUGAUUCCAUUGGGAAUUUAAAGCUUCUACGAUAUUUAAAUUUAUCGAAGACUAGAAUAAAAGAGAUGCCCAUUUUCCUUUGUGCUCUGUAUAAUCUGCAAACGCUAAUUUUGUCACAUUGUGGACAACUUAAGUUGUUGCCAACCGACAUCGGAAGGCUGAUCAACUUACGUCAUCUUGACAUUACAGACACAGGAUUAGAAAGAAUGCCAUUAGAAAUUGGUAAUUUGAAAGAUUUGCAAACACUGACUGAAUUUAUUGUGGGCAAAGAUAGUGGUUCUACCUUGAAGUCAUUAAGAGAUCUUCAACAUUUGCGAGGAAAACUCUGUUUCUCAGAACUAAACAACAUUGUUAAUGUUGAAGAUAUAUUAGUGGCCAAUCUGAAGGACAAGAAGUACCUUACUCAAUUAGAGUUUUGGUGGGACUACUUUGAUGAUAUUGAUAAUUACCAAAUGCAUAGCAGGGUACUUAAUGGCCUGGAAACUCACAGAAGCUUGAAGUUACUCAAAAUUGAAAAUUACAGAGGUCAACAAUUUCCAAAAUGGGUGGGAGAUCCUUCAUUUUGCAAUUUAGAAAAGAUACGGCUUGGAGGAUGUGAAGAAUGUAGCAUUUUGCCACCACUUGGGCAGCUACCUUUUCUAAAACAUCUUAUGAUUGAAGGAUUUGACGAAUUGGUGACAAUAGGUGAUGAGUUUUAUUGCAUUACCGGUGGUUCAUUAGCGAUGGCUAGGCCAUUUGGAUGUCUUGAGAUUUUGGAAUUUUACAAUCUGCAGAAGUGGGAAGAAUGGUCAUUUGUCGAUCAAGUGGAAGGAAGAGAUGCUUUCCCUAAUCUUAAGAAGCUUGUUUUGGGAUGUUGUCCGAACUUAACUGCACACAUUUGUUUACCCAAUACCACACAAGAAGUCAGCAUAAGAAAAUGCAGAAAACUAGAGUUGUUAGGAAUGCAGCAACUUUUUGGUAACCUUGGAAAGUUGCAUAUAGAAGAGAGUUGUGAUACUGUAAAUUCCAUUGCGAUAGACUAACUCCCAGUGCUUGAAGAGCUUACUCUGGAAUCUUGUGAGAAUCUGGAGUCCCUUACAUGUUCAGGACAACCUCAACCUCCUGCACUCCUCUCUCUUACAAGCUUUGAAUUAAAAGGUUGCACAAAGUUUGUUUCAUUCCACCAAGGUGGGUUGCCUGCCCCCAACCUGAAAUAUUUUUGCAUUGCAGAUUGCAUUAACUUGAGGUCAUUGCCUCAACAUAUGCAUACCCUUCUUCCAUCUCUUCAGUCCCUAUCUCUAGCUAAUUGUCCAGAAUUGGAGUCAUUUCCUGAAUGCGGAUUGCCUUUAAAUUUAAGUCAGCUUCAAGUUUCAAAUUGUGAGAAGCUGUUUGCCAACCGCAUGGAAUGGAAUCUCGAAACACUCACUUCUCUUUGCUCCUUAAGUAUCUCCAACAUUGAUGAAAUAGCAUUGGAUUUAUUUCCUGAAGAGGGUCUACUACCUACCACUCUCGUUCAUCUCCACAUCGAUUCGCUUCCACACCUUAAAGCUCUUAAUGGAAAGGCUGUUCAACAUCUUUCCUUCCUUAAACGGCUGGCAAUUUAUAGAUGCAAAGAGCUCCAGUGCUUGCCAGAAGGACUACCUGCAUCUCUUUCUGAGUUGACUAUCGUUCACUGUCCUUUGCUAAAUCAACGAUGCCAGAGAGAUACAGGGGAAGACUGGCCCAAAAUUUCCCACAUUACUUACAUAUCAAUCGAUUAUUAUCGCGUAUGAUGAGCAUUGAGAAUCAAGAUGUGUCCAUUCCUCUUUUUCUUCUCCAUUUUUCUCCGGGUUCCAAUAGUUAACCGACUUUAAGAGUGUGACACAAGUUCUCUGGUUGAUCUUUGUCCUUAGAUUUGAUUUGGGAGGAGAAGCUGUUGGUUCAUUAAUUCAAAGAUUGUUUUUUGUUACUCUAUUUCAGUUGAAAUUUAUUGUUUUUGAGUUCCUCUGAAAAUUUCGCCAUUAUAACAACGCAGAUUAACUACCUUUUGUGAUGGAUGGGAAGAGAAUUUCCUGUUCUAUGCUGGGAUUGUGAAUGUUUGCUUGAAAUUUUCAUC